AUGGAUGCCGAUGUAGAUGAGAUCGAUAUCGAUGAUGAUGAUGAUGACAACGAUGAUGCUGGAAUAUUCAGCAUCGCCAAUGACUGCCAAAUUGAGGACGAUGACACCCUCACUGGUCAAGACAACGUUCUAUCAGCAGUGCACACGAAGCGCACUGCUGUUGGCAAGGAUGAAUCAGCAGAGAAAUUUCUGCUGACUCGCGAAGCGGUUGUCCGCUUCGUUCAAGUCUCUAUUGCAGAUGCAAUAUACAAGCAGAAGUGA